CCUGAAUCUUAAAAUAUGGAUCCUAAGUCUAAUUGUCAAGAGACAUAUUAAUGUUAGAUCUGUCAAAUUUAUGUAGCUAAAUAAAGCUAAUAAAUUCACGAUGCCACUUGUUUAUAAAAGAAAAAUGUAUUUUUUCUUAACUUUAAAUUAGUUUGAAAAUAAAAACAUCUAGAAUAAAUUUUUUCCCAAUAACAAUUUUCAAUAAUCUUAAGCUAACUUUAAUGGUUAGAAUUAGGACUCUAAAUCUACAUUUUCAUUUAUAUCUGGAAAAAAUUAAUAAGGAAUCUCCAACAAUUAGGGAAAAAUAAAGGUAUAAUAUUUUCCACCACCUGUAAAGAAUUAAUAAUUCUAAGAUAAAUAAAAUAAUGGUAAUUAACAAUUUUAGUAAUCAUUAAAUGAAUAGGGAUAAAAUUUAAUUGGAUAAUAAUAGCCUUAAAGGUAUUUUCAAAUGGAUCCUUCAUAAUCUAAUGUCGAAAUAAAAUAGGAACAAUUUCCUUUUAAUUAAAAUCCCCCAAAAAGUUUUUUUCCUUAAAAAAACUAAAUUCUAUUAAAUUAAUCACAAUAACUUUCAAAUAAUUCAUAACUAAAAAAUGAACAAAUUUUUAAUUAGAAUUAAAAUAACUAUUAAUAAGGAAUUUAAAAGCCUGCCUCAAAUUAAUUAGGAGAUUAGUAACCAAUUUAGCAAUUCUAAAAUUAGACUUAAAAAGAUUUUGGAAAUAUGUCUUAAAUUAAAAAUAAUGUUAAUGUGUUAUAAUUUUCAAAACCAGUUCAAUAAAUUAAUCCUUCUACCUAAUUUUCUGUUAUGAAUCAACAAAAAAUAUUUCUGCCAAAUUAACCACAAAAAUUGGAACAGCCCUUCGUUUUUUCUUCUAAUUAAUAAUAGCAAAAUACAUAAAAUAACAUACCAUAUCAAUAAUUUUAAUGGUAAUAAUAAUAAUAGUAAUAAUAAUAAUAGUAAUGGUAAUAAUAAUAAUAAUAAUAAUAAUAAUAAUAAUAAUAAUAAUAAUAAUAAUAAUAAUAAUAAUAAUAAUAAUAAUAAUAAUAAUAACAAUAAUAAUAACAAUAAUAAUAACAAUAAUAAUAACAAUAAUAAUAACAAUAAUAAUAAUAAAAUUAAUUUAGAAUACCUUUAUUCUAGACAGAAACAGUGAAUAAUAGUAAUAUAAUACCACCUCCUAAUUAAAAUAUUAGUGCUUCAUUGCCAAUCUAAGGAUUGCCACGUUAAAUUCCUGCUCCUGGAAUGUAAUAAUUUAUAUAACCAAAUCCAUUUAAUUAGUAAGUUUAACGUCCGCUCAUAAAUAGUUAAUCAGAGGAUGAUGAUGAUGAUGAUGAUGAUGAUGAAGAUUAUAAUUUUUAUAAUCCAGGUAGAGGAUUACAAAAUUUUGAUGUUAAUAAAAAAUAUACAGAUUAUGAUGUUGAAAGAAUGAACUAAGAGUAAGUUUAUUAAUAUUUCUCAAACUUAUUAAUCAACGAAGAUCAUGGCUAUACAGAAGAUUUGAUAAUAAAUAAGCUUUAGCAAAAUUUUUAGAUUAAUAAAGAUGAAAAUAUUAUAGAUAUCUGUGUUAUAUGCCAAGAAUCCUUUACUUAAGAAACUUUUACUACCGAUAAAUAGUUGCCAUGUUUUCAUAUAUUUCACCUAGAUUGCCUAUAAGGAUGGUUAAAGAGAUCCAAACAUUGUCCAGUUUGUAAAACUUUAGUAGAAUUAUGAAUAGAAUAAAUAUAUUUGGC